UUGUGUUCUGUUGUGGUUUGUUUGUGCUUGGAAUCAGCCAGCUUUCUUAAUUGUUGCUGGAAAGCUUAUGUUGAUUGAAUCCAUUGGAGCUCAUUUGCCCAGAUGCUGUGCGAAACUGCACGAGGUUAAUACAUUGGGAAAUGGCCAGCGUCGGCACAACCCGCCGACCGGCCGUUUCGUUCGUGUCACACGAUUGAGACGAAAGAGCCGCAUUGGCCUUGGGUUUCCAGGGUUCACGAAUCAAUUUUUCAGCAGCACAAAUUGUGUUCCUGUUUUCGUGGAUGAUCAAGCUAUUGAUACUGUAUCUAUUUUGAACAUCUUUUCCUGUGUUUUGUUCUUCUCAUCUUUCUCUGAUGUCCACACUAUCCCAAUUGCUGAUCAAGCGCCAUGGUGGAAACAUGUGAAGUAGAGAGGAAUGUUUUCCCAUGUUGGGUUUCAUGUGCAUCAUACGUGUUGGGAAACUGCCGACAUGGCAAACUGGGAGGCCAAGUGGUGCCGAAGCUGCUCCAUUUUCUGAAAGAGUAUUACAUGCGUGGCCAGGAGAAAGAGGUGCUCGGCCUUUUUCAGGACAUGGACGCUGGGCGCUUCAAUGUGGUCCGUGAGGAGUUCUCUGUGGGUCCAGAACAUCGUCAGGCGGCUUUGAGGGCCUUCCAAGCCUGGAAGAAUGAGGGUUGCAUUGGCUUGCCUGUGGUCUACCACUCCACCCAGUACAAGCCCAGGGAGUGUUUCGUGGCCAAGCUGAAGGUGAGUGGCGUGGAACUCACCAAGUUCCCAGUGGGAUCACCCAAGUUGGACGCUUAUCAGGCGGAGGGGAAGAAUCCGGUCUCCCAUGCAGAGGCUGACUGGGCCAAAGUGGUUCAGCGAGAAGGGAAGGGCUGGUUCGUGCCAGAUCCACCGGAGGUCGACCAGGACUGGCAGGAGUAUACGGAUCCAGAAACAGGACUGAAAGUGUCACAGACGAUGCUGGGGGAGCAGGAUAAUAAAAAAAAUGAUGUUCAUGAAUGGGAGUGUGAACAGAUCGGAUUGGAUACACUGCUAGCCCGUUCCAUUCUGCUUCUAAACAACGAGUCUAUUGUUUGAUAUAGGCAAGUCCACCAUGUGUGUGGUCAGAGUCAGCUACAACUGGGUGCAGUGCGAUAAAUGCAUGUGCAUGCAAAGAAGUGAUGAGGCACAUUGCAUGCACAGUGGAAGAAUUUGGAGGUUGGCUGCUCGUGUUUGGGUGAGCUUCAUGAUUGAUGCACACUCCCUGAAACAAUUUUAAACGCCCGUAUUCUGCAUUUGUCUUCCAAGGGGCCGUGUUCCAAUUCCCUGUUUGUUGGAGGGAGGGUAUUUGUUGACUCUUUCCUACGCAGAAGGCCAGAAAGCUAGCUCCUGCAUGCUUCGGCCUCGGCUACUAGAAACAAACUCACCAAAGACCGCAUGCAUUGAAUCAUGAGGGGAAUCCCAAAAUGAUCGAAUCAAAACCCAACACCCUUGAUACCGUUCGUACAAAGGUUCAUUUGUAACCGUUAGCUACUGCGAAAAAAUGGGCGCAAGAACGCCGACCGGCCGCCAGAUGGGGAACCAGGCUGCCAGAAAACCUGAAUGCCAUCAAGGCCCCAAAGUCCUACAUGUUCCAGGAGCAUCCAGUCGAUCGGUCUGGCUGGACUACCCUGCAGUUACUAUCGAUCUCCCUGGAUAUCCCGAGCCUGGAUGGUUCCGAUGCUUCCAGGACGCAGCUGGUGGUGGAACGAACGGACCAAGUCCUACAGCUUCGAUCCUCCUCCGCGCUGGCGCGGGUGUCCGACCCCGACCGGUGCAGAGCGCUAAGAAAAGCUGCGCAUGGCGCGUUCGCGGGGGAGUCCUGGAGUUGGAGGGACCUCUGAAGGCUUUCGGAGCUCCUGCGGAAUUUCAAGCUACUGAGGCUUUUGGACGCGAUG